AUGCAGACUGCCAGGCAGAGGGGGGCCGAUGUACUCCUCUUUUGUGAGCAGUAUAAGAAGCCAGAGUUCUCUGACUGGUUUCAGGAUGCAUCAAGGAGGUCUGGAAUUUACAUAUGUAACCCGAAUCUCACCGUCGGUGACUUUCUGGAGACAGAUAAAGGGUUUGUUUGGGCAGAGGUGGCGGGUGUACGUAUUUACAGCUGCUACUUCUCCCCAAACGAUCCCUUUGGAAAAUUCGAUGCCGAGAUCCGCUCUCUUGAGGAAAGUCUUAGAACUUUCGGCGGGGACGUCCUUAUUGCGGGGGACUUUAAUAGUAAGUCUGCAGAAUGGGGAGAGACCCGCCGGGACAGGAGGGGGAUCUUGGUCAGCGACAUGGUCUCGGCAGGUCAGCUGGCGGUGUUGAAUCGGGGAAAUAAGUUCACUUUCAGGCGGGGAAUAUCGGGAUCUAUUCUUGAUUUAACAAUAGCUUCUCCCCGCCUUGCCCGUAGAGUAAAAGAAUGA